AUGAGUGCCGCUACUGCCACCGCUACUGCUGUUCCUCCCCCAGUAGGGAUCUCUAAUCUCCCAAACCAACGCUACAAGAUUGUCAACGAAGAAGGUGGUACAUUCACCGUGAUGUUGUGUGGUGAGAGUGGACUGGGUAAAACCACCUUUAUCAAUACGCUAUUUCAGACUGUCUUGAAAAGAGCUGAUGGACAGCAACAUCGUCAAGAACCCAUUAGAAAGACUGUAGGGAUCGAUAUUACAAGGGCUUUGCUAGAAGAGAAACAUUUCGAGUUACGUGUAAACGUCAUCGACACUCCAGGUUUCGGGGACAAUGUCAAUAAUAACAAAGCUUGGCAACCAUUGGUGGAUUUCAUUGAUGAUCAACAUGAUUCCUACAUGCGUCAAGAACAACAACCAUAUCGUGCUAAGAGAUUUGACUUAAGAGUUCAUGCUGUUCUUUAUUUCAUCAGGCCCACUGGGCACGGUUUGAAACCAAUUGAUAUUGAGACCAUGAAAAGAUUAUCUACAAGAGCCAAUUUAGUUCCAGUCAUUGCUAAGUCCGAUACUUUGACUGCUCAAGAAUUACAACAAUUCAAAUCUAGAAUCAGACAAGUAAUAGAAGCGCAGGAAAUUCGUAUUUUCACACCUCCAUUGGACGCUGAAUCUAAGGAAGACGCGAAAAAUGGUGCAGGUCCAGAUUCAGCAGCCAUCGAACAUGCAAGGCAAUUGAUAGAAGCAAUGCCAUUUGCCAUAGUAGGGUCUGAAAAAAAAUUCGAUAAUGGGCAAGGCACUCAAGUGGUUGCUAGAAAAUACCCAUGGGGUCUUGUAGAAAUUGAAAAUGACUCACACUGUGAUUUCCGUAAGCUCAGAGCGUUGUUACUAAGAACUUAUUUACUAGAUCUUAUCUCCACUACCCAAGAAAUGCAUUACGAAACAUAUAGAAGAUUAAGACUAGAAGGUCACGAAAACACAGGGGAGGGCAAUGAAGACUUCACUCUUCCAGCCAUUGCACCAGCAAGAAAAUUAUCACAUAAUCCUAAAUACAAAGAAGAAGAAAAUGCAUUAAAGAAAUACUUCACUGACCAAGUUAAAGCUGAAGAACAAAGAUUUAGGCAAUGGGAGCAAAAUAUUGUUAAUGAGAGAAUUAGAUUGAACGGGGACUUGGAAGAGAUCCAGGGCAAAGUUAAAAAAUUGGAAGAACAAGUUAAAGGCUUACAAUUGAAAAAAUCACAUUUGAAAUGA